AAUUCGUUUUCAUAUUCUUCUUUUUUUACUCUCUUUUUUCAGCAUGACUUGUGACCGUUAAAUGGCUGCUGCCCACCACCCCACACCGCGGCUGCGCGUGCCGCGUCUCGCCUUGUCUUGCACUGCUACCCAUUGUACACUGGGAUUGUUUUCUUUUCUUUUCUUUUCUCGCCCGCCACAGGAAAGUCCCGCUUCCCUAUACGACAAAAGCCACCGCUCUAGUUAUACACAGCAUAUCCAUACGCGAAUGUCUUCCAUAUAAUAUUGUCCAUGUCGUCCGUCUUCGUCGACGGAGAUGCGGAUCUAGACGCGUCGCGUCCUCGAUCCGGCAUCUUGACGCCCAGCUCCGACACCAGCCUGAACCGAAAGGACGGAAUCAGCUCGCCGGCAACAAGCAAGCGACGUGGAGAUGCUGGUGCGGCAAUGGAGGUGCUGCUCAAGCCGUCCAUUGCGGUCAAGCCACACCCGCAUACUCUGCAAACUCCCCCGAGAACUCUAUCACCACUUAUGCUACUUCCUCGUCAACAUUUACCACUCGCCUCUCUCGACUUUGACCCGUCAAACUUUGAACUUCCUACGAGCCGAUUCUACGAAGCACACAUCAAGAUCCUCGAUCUCGAAAGCCGACUCGGGCCAUCCAGAAGCGUUUUGCUGGCCAGGAUUGAACCGAGAGGCGCUGUGUACGCCGUUGAACGACAAACCGACGGGUUAUAUGUAGUAUGCAAACUCGGAUCAUGGGUACAGCUGGAAACCCUUGCCGAAAAUGCCACAACCAUCUGCCACGACCGCGUAUUCCCUGUGAAGCUGGAGGCUACAACUAGCCAAAAUGAUGAUGCUGCAAUUAUUACGCCUCAGAUGCACCACAAGCAAAAGCAGAAGCGGGCGGCUAUUGAGGCUAUCCAGUCUCUCGUUCGCAAGCGCGCCAAGUCGCAGGUUGAUGUGACCAUGGCGGACAGGAGUAACUCGCCUGAAGCUGUCACUAUUGGUGACCCAGCCCAAGAAUCACCACCACAGCCAAUCGUUUCAGUGGAACACACGGAAGCGUCAACACCGAAUAUGAAAUACCCAAGCAUGGCCCAUGAUAACCUACCUGUUCCAAGCCCUGCCCAGGAGCAGUCGUCCCAAGAUUUGGCCACGAGCAUCUUCAAUACCAUUAGGACCCAGUACUUUGAAGCAUUAUACAAAUCCAAGGGAUCUCUUGCCUACUUCGCCAAAGGGCCGCUGUCUAGAGCACGAUCGGCAUUCCAUUUAGACCUGGAGGCGAAUCUGGACAUGUCCGACUUGAUCGAAUUCCUUAAAGGCCUCCUCCUUACAACGGUCCAAAUAGAUAAAAAGUACCGCGAAACUGCUCCAGAGAUUAUUGCCAAGCUUGGUAAAACAAUCGAAAGCUCCGAUGAGGCACGAAGAAAGAGACGCAAGGCCAAGAAGCAAAGGCUGGGCAAAGAUGCCCUCUACCCUCUGGAAGAUGACAGUAUUCGCAACUGGUGGGCUGUGAAUAAGCCAGAGCUAAAAGAAGAUAGCACCGGAUUUCCUCCAGGACAGAUCAAGUCACACUUGUCCAUUCUACGCACACGAGAAACCCAACUACAGAUGAUUCUAAUCCUCGAAAUCCUCGCCCUGACACCGCUCAAGACCACCGAUGAUGUUGGUGAUAGUAGCUUGCCUACCCUUCCAGGUGCAGUGGAUAUAAAUGAGGAGCAAAACCUGCCCACUCCACAGCCGAAAAAGCGAAAUAAGCAUAACCUGCCGGUUCUAGUUGAUGUUCAUGCUGAUCGGUUAACAAUUUGGCAAUCCACUGCGACGGAUGAGCUGGCCUUCUUGGAGGAUUCACAGGCAAAUAUUAUCACAUCUGGCCCAGAUGUCCAACAGAAGGCAUCGAAUGAACCUCUCAAGGACUUUUGUAUCGAUGUCAUUGUUCCCUUUUUCUCAGCACGUCUCCCAGAGCUGUGUGAUUCAAUCAACCGCAAGCUUGGAGGCCCCGUCAUCGUAUCGCCAAUGCAUGCAAAGUCUAGCAAGAGGUCAUCUAGCAAGCGAGAUCAAAAACCAGGCUCUGCUACUAAACGCCCAGCCCCUCAAAAUGCCCAAAGAACGCUUCAGCGAGCUCUGUCAACUGAUCAACACCACCGACGAAGUGUUUCACGCGGUCCGGGCAGUGCCAUUGCGCUGAUGCGUUCUGCUACGUCUGCCACAGUCCCAGGUCUCAAACGAGAGGGUAGCGAACCUCUAGGACCUAGGUCGUUGUCAAAGAGCAGUCUAGAAGGCUCUCAAGCUAAACGCAGUGGUUUAUCCCGCAGUAACAGCGUAAUUGGUUCGGCUGAUGACGCAAAGGCAAAGAAGAAGGCCCUUGUAGACGCGCAGCUACGUGAUGCUAUUUCAGGACUUCGAAAGCCAAACCGCGAUAUGGUUAGCAAGAACCUCGAAGAGGCAGCAGAACACCGCCAUGCAACCGGCUUGGCUAAGAAAGCAAAGAAGAUUCAGCGCAGCUCGUCCACUGUUCAAGUCAAGGCCACGCCAAUGAAUAAUCGCUUCCGUGACGUCUUCAACUUGAAGGCAGAGAGUAUUGCCGAUACACCUAUGCGCAGCCUCGAAGAAGCCAUCCCGCCAUCCAGCAUUGGUCCCUAUGUUCCAUCAACGGCUGCGAGAAACCCAUUUAAGAAUUCUGCGAUGCUUAGUACCUCACCGUCAGGCCCGCCUGACAUUGUGGGAAGCACACCCACGAAACCCCCUGCGUCGGCAUCUUCGUUCCUUCGAAGGCCAAGCAACGAGGGUCCAUUUAUUCCGCCUUCACCGCUGUUCAAGACAUCUAAAAGAGAGAGUAUGGGCGACGCGCCGCGCUCAAAUGGGGACGAAAAUGUCGGCGGAGCAGCUAUCUUAUUCGCCACUCCAGCAAAGAAGUCGGCGCCUAGGCCAGGAGUGAUCCCAGAGAGCCCAAUGCCGCAGGUGCAGGAGGAGAAGCGAUCCAUCUACCAGGAGCUGGGAUGGGAUGAUGAUUUGGACGAUCUUUUAUGAUGAUAUCAAUGAUACGAUUCGCAUUUCUUGAUAGUGCCCUGUUUUGAAAACUGCGAUGGCACUACUAUAUGCAUGGGUUGGCGCAUAAACAUUGUUUUUUGUUUCACUGUUUGGGAACGGAAUUGUUGGACUCGAUUGUAUUGGUUUACAGUGCACAAGCAGCUGUCAAAGGCGUUUAGACAAUAACGACGAUAUGUUUAGUCUCAUCAUGUCAUGAUCCAAUAUAUUAACGGAAUUUUCUAAAGAUAACAAGUACUUUCUAUGCUGGUGCUGGCUCUAUUAUGGUAACUGGCAAGUCUUGGAUCUCGACAUGCUCCUGAGACGCAAUAUCGACAACUCGGAUUGCCUCCAUUUCAGCAAUGCCGGGUCUCAAGGCCAAGAAUUGAAGCUCUACAGCGUGGCAGGCACCAGGGCCCAAGGGACCGAUGCGGGUGUCUGCGCUGAGAGAAAUGAUGUCGGCUCCCUCAACAAGAGCGUUCUUCUGCAUCGCGUGCACCACAUUUUCGUCAAUUGCUGCAUCAGCUACUUCUUUUUCGCCCUGCCGUCUGGUUGCCGUUGAUGGCGGACGCACAGGACGAGCCUCGUGUCUGCGACGCUUGGGUACCGGAACGAGGGCGAGCUUCCGGGGCGGUCGCGUACUCUUUUCUGAUGCCCGAUUAAGUAUAUAGACUGUCCAGGAGAACACGUCUCCUGUAUAGAUGGUUUCUGUUGGUGCUGAGAAGGACAUGGUGAUGCCUAGGUCGGGAAUGACGGCUUCGGCACGCGCGGCGGAUGCUUCCAGGCCAGGGAGAGCGUCUGGCUGUGUAACCGACGGCGACUUCAGUGGCGUAACGACGCUCUGUGAGCUAGAGAGAGAGAGUUGCGCUGGGCGAUGCGAGCGAUGGAGGCCAGUAUCGAGGGGCGUUCUGGGUGUUGGGUUGUUGGGGUUGGAGAAGUCCAAGAUGGCGGACCACUUCAUGUUGAUUCGUGGCGUGCACACGCCGGGGUUGACAAGGGCAGAUGCUGAGACAACUAUAUCUAGCGAACCACUGUUAUCUUUGGGUGCGACAUCUAGUUUCUGCUGUUUUAUUUCGUAGAGAAGAGUAAUGUGGUCAUGGGCGACGCAACUGAGAGGGAGCUUCAGUGCGACAUCGUCACUCAGACACUCUACCACGCCUGUAGCCGUAGAGAGACUGAUUUCGUCAAGAAUAACCUCGCAGUCAAAAUCUGGGGUAAAGUCAAACUCUAGCUGGCCGAUUAUUGUGGAAGUAGGUGGUGAUGUUUGUGGCUUAGUGAAGCGUAUGCGGGAAUGGACAAUAGCAUGCACGGGAAGUUGCAGCUGGGGUAGAACACGGAGUCUGGCUGCGACAUCUUGGCCGCGUGUGACGGGAGCAACUCGCGAUACUCGUAGUGCAGAAAGCUUGGGUUGGAUCCCUUGUAGCAGAGGGUCACCGCCAAAGGAUUCAAGCAGGUUGAUGCUGGAAGGCUGGCCACUGGUCAGGUAGCCUGAUCUGGUUGAAUGCAUUGUGUCUGCGGCAAUGACGGGCUUGAGAGCAGCUGAUGCAGAGAAAAUGACGGAUGGUCGUUGAAGGCGCAUGCGAGGUCUGAUUAGGUGGACUGGGAGUUUCCAUACGGCGUAGAUCUUUUGUGUGCUGUCGGGCUCUAUAGAGCUAUCCCCGCUGUCGCUGAUGAUGUAUGGAUCUGCGGUGUCUGUUACGGUGCCGGCAUAGAUGAGUUCUGAAGACGGCGCGUCUCGGGAUUGGAUUUGGCCAUUGACAACGUGGGCUUCCAAGUUAAUAAUGAGUCUCUUGAGGUGUGUCUUGAGAGCGUCUUGGUCCAUGGACGGAGCCUCCAGAACGAUGAGGACAUCGGUAGAUUCAUCUGUGAGGUUGUUAGCAUUACGGCGCAUGUAGAAGCAGAAAGUAGUCAGCAUACCGAAAAAUAGAGAAUCCCUUGUUUCUAUCGAUUCAAUGGAUCCUUUUUCUCGGACAAGCUCUCUGAAAGCGUCGUCCAGUGUGAGGUUGGUGUCUGCAGGGACAAGGUAGGUGAGAGCAGCUUGGUCCGCAAAGGAGGUGGCGCCCUCGGCUGGUUCUUCGGGAGGCUGUACAGAAGCAGCCAUGUUUAUUAGCAAGUUUGAAUGCUUGCCAUGCGAAUUUCCCGAUAUUUUCUUGCUUUGCUUGCUGCAGAGAACGAAGCUCUCCUGUCGCUGGCUUUGGUUGAUGUAGC